UGGAUAUCAGGCAGUGGCUUGAGAAGCUUGGGGUAGAAGGUUUGGGGAUGUGGGGCUGCCAGCCUUCGUGGGGCUUUGCAAGGAGGAGAGGGGGGAUUGGAGGGGAUGAUUGGAUUCGAGGCUUUAGAUUUGGACGGGAAACUUCUCGGAAUGGGAUGAUGUAAAUGGACAGCCUUGUGCUGAUAAAGUUCGAGCGUGUUCGGAACAGAAAAACAAAUUAUUUGACGUAGUUCGUUCUUGCGCAGUAGUUGGGUGAUUUUCCGGGGUGUGGAGGGGGAGGUGUGACGCCGUGUGCUACUUGUCGUGCAAUGCGGCUAUUUCUUGUCUGGACUUCGACAUCAAUCUUUGAAACUUUGGGGCAGGACCAUCAAUUUGCUUUCAGUUGUGCAGGCAUUCUUGUGAAAUCGAAACAUCCUGAGCUUAUCUCAACAUGGCCAACUCAUCGAUCACAGGAAAGGCAGCUAUCGUGACAGGCGGCGCAUCAGGAAUCGGCCUCGCCCUUGUCAAAUACUUCGCAUCGCAGAACUACCAAAUCGCCAUCCUCGAUAUCUCUGUUCCGCUGCCAAAUCUCUUACCCUCGCUACAGACCGAGUUCCCAAAGACCGCAUUUAAAUUCCACAGAUGCGACAUCUCGAACUGGAAUGAGCAGAAGAGUGUAUUCGAGGAAGUGUACAAGGAUUUUGGGAGUGUGGAUGUUGUUUGUGCGAAUGCCGGCGUGAGUGAGAUUGGGAAGUUUCUCGAGAUGGAAGAGGAGGGGGAAGGACCGAGGAAGCCUGUGCUGAAGACUCUGGAUAUCAACUUGGUGGGGACUCUGUAUUCAAUCAAACUCGCGGUUUACUACAUGCGGAAGAACACUUCCUCGCAUAAAGGCCAAAUUAUUUGCACAGCUUCCAAUGCAGGACUAUAUCCAUUCCCAAUUGCUCCGAUGUAUGGUAUCACGAAACAUGGUGUUGUGGGUGCUGUAAGGGCGCUUGCGAAACCGUUGGAGCCGGAAGGGAUCAGGAUAAAUGGGAUCUGCCCAAAUUGCAUCGGUAAGUCUCUUCAUUUCUCCAUUGCUUCUAGAAGAAAAACUGUAUCUGAUAAACCGAUAUAGCUACUGGCCUGGCA